GCUUUGGCCCAUCAAGGUCGUGUAAGCACAGUUGAGGUAAUUUUAACUUGUCCCACCGUAACAGUAUUAAGAAUCAUUACAUAUGACGUUAAUAAUGUGAGUCUGUUUUCCCUAUUGCAGGACAACAGACUCACAUUAGCAACGUCAUAUGUAAGGAUUUUUAAUAGCGUUACACCACGAUGCCACUGGGUCGUUGCCCACCUAGCUACUCCUUCAAACCUUUUAGUGCGUCGUGGUUCUUUUUAUGUUUAUAGCUCAAAGCUGCCCAGUUGACUAAAUUUUGAUGUCUGACUUAGCAGUAUGCCGGUUCGCGUACGAUGGGGUUGUUACCGCAGUACUAAAAAUAUUGGAAUCGGAUGGCGAAAAGUCGUUUGUUGACCAGGUUUUAUUGUGAACUUUUUAAACUCUGGACUCAAUACUUGCAGGCUGGGCGAAAUCCUCUUCAUUGGGCGGCUUGUGGGGGUCAUUUAGAGUUGGUAAAAGUUCUUCUGACUAGAGGUUUCGAUAAAGAUUGCAAAGAUCAGUCUAACUGGACUCCACUUAUGAUUGCUAUUUCCGCUGGACGUGGUAAUGUAGCUUCAUAUCUUAUAGAGCAAGAGCAUGCUGAUGUAAAUGUAAUAAAUUCGACAGGUCAGUGCUGUCUUCACUAUUGUGCUUCUAAAAAUCGUCUUCAGUUAGUCAAACAGCUAUUAGAUGCUGGUGCGAAACCAGACGUAAAAGAUUGGGGAGGAGUUACACCGCUUCAUCGUGCAAUCGCUACAGAAAACCUAGAUAUAGCCAAACAUCUUUUAGACCAUACAAUCACUGAAAAUGAUGUUGGUAACGAAGAAGGCUGCAAUAAACUGUUUUCAACGCUUGUUGAUUUAACUGACAAACAAGGCCAAACACCUCUUUUCAGUGAAAAGCCUCUCAUUUACGAGUCAUGAAAACGUUUUAUUCUAUGGUGUAGCAUAUCAACAAAUUGCCAAUUCAUCUACAAAUGAACUGGGAUAUGAUCAUCCACAUUUUCCAUUCCAUGAUUUAAAACUCUCCUUCCAAAGACAUUAUGCAUGCGAAGAAGGCAAUUUCCAAGCCGCAACUUUACUAAUGAAUUAUGGUGCCUCUAUAAAUCAUAAAGAUACAGAUGGCAGAACACCCAUAGAUGUUGCCCCGGACCAUUUGCGAAUGAAUUUGUUAAAACUAUUGAAAGCUAAAUAAAAAAAAUAAUCUUUUUAUAAAUA